CUCCCUACCGCACGCACCGUCACAUUGUGGCUGAAGAACCCCGUAUAGCAAGUCGCCGUUGCUGUGAAACUUUCUCGCUCGGGGGCGACGGGCACAUGUACAAACCCGUGCUUGGAGUGACUCUGGCAGCCGGGCUAGUAUAAAGAGAGCGACGAUUUGUCCGCUCCACCCUCCUCUGGUCACACCCAUCGCCCGUGCUCUUCAGACCAUGUCACCCAUUGCGCUCGCCAAAAUUCCCCUGCUGUUACUGGCGACAGCUGGCUUGCAUAUUGCAGUCACCCCGCCGCAGCCACCCCCGGACGAGACGGAGAAGGCCGCAGCUUCUCGAGUCGUCAGACUUGAGGCUAUGCUUGAUAAUUCUGACGCUUCGCUUCAGACUCUUGUUUGGAUCGCUUGCAUAUGCGAGAUCCUGGCCAUACUCGCGGCGACUAUUCCGCAACUUGACGCCUCAAGCAACCUCGUAUCCCUCCUUUCCGUCACUGGCAGCCCCGCCCGACAAUGCACGUCCGGGAUAGAUAUAUCUCUAACCUUCGUUGUUUGCGGGCUCAUGGCGGCGGUGGGGGGCUUCAUCCGUUGGUGCUGCUACCGUGCCCUCGGCCGGAUGUUCACGUUCGAGAUGAGCAUUCGCCAAGACCAUAGGCUCGUCACGAAUGGUCCGUACGCCUACGCGCGUCAUCCGGGAUACACCGCCAUCCUGUUGACCGUAACGGGUAUUGCGGGUAUGCAUGCCACUGAGGGAUCAUGGAUUCGCCAAUGUGGGGUUGCUGGAACGCCAGAAGGCCUGCUCGCGGUAGCGACGUACCUUACGCUGGUGAGCGUGGUCACCGUAGGGUUGCUGAGACGCAUGUCCGCGGAAGAUGAGACGCUUAAGAAGGAGUUCGGAAGCGAAUGGGACGAGUGGGCGGUUAGAGUUCCGUGGAAGCUUGUACCUCACGUUUACUGAGGGUGGUGAGGCAACUUUGGGGUUCGCUAAGGGUUCACCGCGGGACUUUCGAAGCUGAAAAGUAUAUAUUAGACCUACG